AUGCGGUUGGUUGAAGCGGAUGAUGAAAAUGCUCCAGCCUACUAUCUGCCCCACCACCCCGUAAUUAAGGAAGCAAGUACGACGACCAAGGUCCGAGUUGUUUUUGAUGGCUCAGCUAAAACUUCUUCCGGUUUCUCCCUCAACGAAGCUCUUUGCGUGGGUCCCGUGGUGCAGGACGAUCUCCUGGACAUCAUUCUGCGGUUUCGUACCUUUUUCAUCGCUCUAGUCGCCGACAUUGCCAAAAUGUACCGGCAGAUACUUGUACAUCUGGACGACACACCGUUCCAGCGUAUCCUGUGGCGAUUUUCCAAAUUAUCACCCGUCCAAAUCUACGAGCUGCUGACCGUUACGUACGGUUUGGGCCCAUCAUCCUACCUAGCAACACGUACUCUCCAGCAAUUAGCAGAAGAUGAAGGCGCUGCAUACCCGAAUGGCGGUCCAGCGUUGAAGAAGAAUUUUUACGUAGACGACUUCAUCGAUGGUGCUCAAUCCGUCGAAGAAGCGAUCCGUCUGCGUACAGAGCUCGACGAACUAUUGAAGAAAGGUGGAUUCGAACUACGGAAGUGGACUUCAAAUCAGCUCGAGGUGCUGCAAGGUUUAAGCGAUGAACAAAUUCGAGUCAGCGACGAGCCUCCGACAAAGCGGUCCAUCCUCUCCGAUACAGCCAAGCUUUUCGACCCUCUUGGACUCAUCGCACCAGUAGUUGUUCGGGCGAAGAUCAUCAUCCAGGAACUAUGGCUUCUGUCCUGCGACUGGGAUGACCCUGUACCAGAACCCGUCAAGUCGAAAUGGGAAUCCUACCAGCAAGAACUCUCGAGAAUCUCUGAGCACCGUGUUGACAGAUAUGCUUUCCUUCCUGAUUCAGUAAUCCAACUGCACACUUUCGCAGAUGCUUCUCAAACCGCUUACGGUGCCUGCACCUACGCCCGCUGUGAAGAUAGUCAAGGACGAGUGAAGAUCCAACUCCUAGCGUCGAAAUCUCGUGUAGCACCGUUGAAACGAGUCACAAUCGCCCGUUUGGAAUUAUGUGCAGCUGUGAUAGCCGCUCAUCUACAUGCUCGCAUCAAGAACGCUAUUGACGUUAGCAUUUCUGCAUCCUACUUUUGGUCGGAUUCCGCAGUCACACUACAAUGGCUACGAUCACCUCCGAACGUCUGGCCGACCUACGUGGCCAACAGAGUCUCGGAAAUCCAACAAUACACACAAGGCUGUCAGUGGAAACAUGUCCCUGGAGUUGAAAACCCUGCCGACUUGGUCUCUCGCGGCAUGUCAGUCGACGAUUUCCUCAAGAACGAUUUGUGGAUUCGUGGUCCAAAUUGGCUAUCGCAUUCACCCCAAAACUGGCCAAUUUCUAUCCCCCCGGGAAUACCAGAGGAAGAGUUGGAGAUAAAAACUACCGUUGCAGUCAUUCAAGCUUCACCGACUGUCCACCCAUGGUUUCUGCGAUGGUCUUCCUACAGUCGUCUGCUCCACGUCAUUGGAUACUGCAUGCGCUUCGUCACUAAUGUCCGUUUGAAAACCCGCACACAACCCUCGUCAUCAAAUGUUCCCGUCGGUCAAGCACUCACCGUUGCAGAAAUCAUUAAAGCCAAAACCUAUCUCACCCGAUUAGCCCAAGAGGAUGGAUAUGCUGCGGAAAUAAAACAGCUGAAGAAGGAGAAAACCGUAUCGAAGCAAUCGCACAUACGCAACAUGAGCCCGUUUUUCGAUUCAGAGGGAGUGUUGAGAGUGGGAGGUCGUCUUGAUUUUGCUCUCUUGCCCUACCAAUCCAAACAUCCUGCCCUGAUUCCCGCAAACCACCCGUUCACCCGCCUAAUCGUCGAAUAUUUCCACCGCAAAUUGCUUCACGGCGGCGGCCGCCUACUUUUGACUGCUGUUCGAGAGGAAUUUUGGCCACCCAGGGGACGUAGACUGGUUCACAGUACCGUCCGAAACUGCUUCCGUUGUACUCGCCUCAAUCCAAUACUUGCUCAGCAGCAAAUUGGGCAGUUGCCUGCUCACCGAGUCAUUCUAAGCCGUCCAUUUAGCGUCACUGGUGUUGACUAUGCUGGCCCGCUUUAUCUUCGACCGAUACACAAACGCACUGCACCUGCCAAAGCCUACCUGUGCCUCUUUGUAUGCUUCUCGACCAGAGCAGUACACCUGGAGUUAGUCAGCGACUUGUCCACAAAAGGUUUCCUGUGUUCCCUUCGAAGGUUCAUCGCUCGCCGUGGGCGACCCGCCCACAUCCACUCUGAUAACGGGAAGAAUUUUGAGGGAGCAAAGAACGAGCUGGCUGAGCUAUUUGUCAGAUUCCGUGACCGUUCCCAGCAAGAUGAAAUCGUAUCUGCCUGCGCCAGUGAAGGGAUCACCUGGCAUUUGACACCACCCAAAGCCCCACACUUCGGUGGCCUCUGGGAAGCGGCUAUCAAAGUAGCGAAAAAGCACCUCUUUCGCACACUAGGAUCAUCUCGCAUGUCGUUCGAAGAAAUGUGUACCGUCCUCACGCAAAUCGAAGCAAUCAUGAACAGCCGGCCACUGCUUCCGAUGACUGAAGAUCCCAACGACAUGUCCGCAUUGACUCCAGCUCACUUCCUCAUCGGUUCAUCGUUACAUGCUCUGCCCGACCCAGAUCUCCGAAGCUUUCCGGCAUACAAACUCGACCAUUACCAGCAACUGCAACUGCAUGUGCAGCAGUUUUGGACCCACUGGCGGAAGGAGUAUCUUCAGGAGCUUAUGAAGGACACCCGAGGCUGGAACCGCAACGAAGAAAUCGUACCAGGGAAAAUGGUCAUCGUAGUCGACGAGAUGCAACCUCCAAUUCGAUGGCCUCUUGCUCGCAUCGAAUCCAUCUUGCCAGGAAAGGACAAAUUAGUACGGGUUGUUAUUCUCCGCACUGCUCGUGGUAUCAUCACUCGUCCCAUCGCGAAAAUCUGCCUGCUGCCGUACUCCACGGUAACUCCAGAAACGAAGGAAUUUCCAGAAGAUCCAGCGACAACGAAAUGUUAG